CAACAUGGAUUUACGCCGGAGUUAUACCUGCGUAGUUGUUCUUGUGAUUGCUGUUUCGCAGGGAUUAGCUGCUGCUAGUGCAGGGUGGACAGCAUGUGGUGCAAUCGGAGGAAAGCAGGUUCAGAUGAAGCUCUUCACAGACGAAAAGAAUUUCGCAGAUUCUCAGAAUCAUUGCGCUCAACUUGGAGGAAAUCUAUCUACAGUGCAGACUGAUGUUGAGAGGAAAUGUGCCGACAGCGCUAUUACUACUUGUGCUGCCUGUACAGUAGGUUCCAACUUAUGGUGUGAUCGAACAUGUCGGGUAUGGGUAGGACUUCAGAAACGCACUGGUAGAUGGAAAUGGCUAACCCAUGCAACAUCGUUAAGUAAAUGGCAGUUGAAAUGGCGCAGUGGGGAACCAACAGAUGACGAUUAUCAGAAAUGUGGGUACCAAUACAAGGAGCUCUCAGGACUGGGUGACUACUCUUGCAAUAACCAACUUUCUUACCUGUGUCAACGUUACCGUCCAGUUGAUGGUGCAUGGUCAACGUGGACUGGCUAUGGAAGCUGUUCAAGUGUGUCAGGAGGUUGCUCAAAAACGCGUAACCGAACAUGCACCAAUCCACCACCAACCAACGGAGGAGGCAGUUGCACGGGAAUGUCGCAGCAGUUUCAGACUUGCAAUUGUGCCGUGAAUGGUGGCUGGUCAAGCUGGACGAGCUACGGCCAUUGUUUUGGUGUGUCUGGAGGAAGAUGUUCAAUACAGCGCCACCGCACCUGUACUAACCCAACACCAUCCAAUGGAGGAGCUCAGUGUACUGGAGACUCUCUGCAGCUUAUGACUUGCAGUUGUCCCGUGGAUGGUAGGUGGUCAACAUGGACAGCGAUUGGCACAUGCUCAGUAAGUUGCGGAAGCGGAAACCAAAUUCGUGUGAGAAGUUGCAACAGUCCACCUCCAGCACAUGGAGGUCGUGUGUGCUCUGGUCAAAACCGCCAGACCGUAUCCUGCCAAACAAACCCGUGUCCUAUCAAUGGCAAGUGGUCGCAAUGGUCAGCAUUUAGCCAGUGUAGCAAAACAUGCGGCGGUGCGCAGCAGACUAGAAAGAGAACGUGUACGUCCCCCUCCCCAGCCCACGGUGGGUAUGACUGUUCGGGGAUAUCUUCAGAUACAAGGAGCUGUGGCCCUAUCCAGUGUCCAAUUGACGGAGCUUGGUCAUCCUGGUCAUCCUAUACUCAAUGCAGUAAAACAUGUCAGGGAACCCACACACGUACUCGAUCAUGCACUAAUCCAUCCCCUGCUUUCAAUGGUACAGAAUGUAUUGGAGGUGCAACCUAUACUAACACAUGCGGCGCUACCCACUGCCCAGUGAAUGGGAAAUGGUCAGCCUGGUCAUCAUACACUGCAUGCAGUGCUACAUGCGAAGGAAAAAAGAGUCGGUUCCGAUCAUGCACCAACCCUGCACCAGAGUAUCAAGGUAGUAAUUGUUCAGGAAGUUCAACUGAGGAUGCAACCUGCGGUGCAACACAUUGUCCAGUAGACGGAAAGUGGUCCCCAUGGUCAGCUUACGGGCCAUGCAGUGGCACAUGCGAGGGGCACAAGAAUAGAGCAAGGACUUGUAGAAACCCUCGACCAGCAUACAAUGGGCAGCCAUGUCAGGGCAACAACUCUCAAACACUUGCAUGCGGGACUUCAAAUUGUCCUGUGGAUGGUCACUGGUCGCAAUGGUCACCUUACAGCCAGUGCAACGCAACCUGUGAAGGAACGCAAGUCCGAAAUCGAUCGUGCAACUCGCCAGUUAAAGCCUACGGUGGAAAGCCUUGCUUGGGAAACUCUACUCAACAGCAACGAUGUGGCAAACUUUACUGUCCAGUAAAAGGAGACACAACGACAAAAGUAAUCGAUCCACAGCGUGACGCCGGGGCUAUGGAACCUGCCGAGGUUGGAAGCUCAACAGGAAGCAAAUCGUCAAGCUCCACAUUCGUUGGAUUAGGUGCGUCAAUCGGAAUUGGAGUUCUUCUUGUCACUGUUGCUGUCAUACUCUGGAAGAAGGACAUGUUACCCAUGAACGAUUGCCUUGCCAAGCAACAAGGAGGAAGAAAUGAAAUGAUUUGCAAUUCUCGCAGUGAACGCUCGCACAACCAUGAGCCAUCUCCAGUUCCUGACGAUUCCUACGCCGCUAUCGGGGCUGACUUGCUGAAUGAGACAAGUUUCACGGACACAUAUGAUGUCAUUGGUAACUCCACUGCAGUGCGUCCGAAAAUCAAAUCAUCAGGACCUGGAAAGACUCGGCAGGAACAGGGGACACAGAACGUAUACACCAGAGAAUCAACCUCCAAAAUAGGCUCAAGGUCAGCUGAGGAAUCAGGUGGAGACGAGGAUCAUUAUGACAACAUUGGCCCCCUUGCCGAGCCACCUCAACCAGUCCGAGAUGAAAAUAACUGUUGUGCACUGGGACCUUCUUUUGGACCGGCAGCAGAUGAAGAUGAGUACGACAACACGCAUUUUCUGUAUCCCGCAACUGAGGAUGCGACAACAAGCAAUCGGCAGGAACAGAGGACCCAGAACAUAUACACCAGAGAAUCAACCUCCAAAUUAGGCUCCAGGUCAACUGAGGAAACAGGUGGAGACGAGAAUCAUUAUGACAACAUUGGCCUCCUUGUUGAGCCACCUCAACCAGUCCAAGAUGAAAAUUGCUGUUGUGCAGUGGGACCUUCUUUUGGACCGGCAGCAGAUGAAGAUGAGUACGACAACACGCAUUUUCUGUUUCCCGCAACUGCGGAUGCGACAACAAGGACUCGUCAGGAACAGAGGACCCAGAACAUAUACACCAGAGAAUCAACCUCCAAAAUAGGCUCCAGGUCAGCUGAGGAAACAGGUGGAGAUGAGGAUCAUUAUGACAACAUUGGCCUCCUUGCUGAGUCACCUCAACCAGUCGAAGAUGAAAAUUACAGUUGUGCAGUGGGACCUUCUUUUGGACCGGCAGCAGAUGAAGAUGAGUACGACAACACGCAUUUUCUGUUUCCCGCAACUGCGGAUGCGACAACAAGGACUGUAAAUGGAGAGGAGUCAAACGCCACCUAUGACACUCUACAAUCCUGGCCUCUUCCUGAAACGACUGAACAAGCUGCGAGCACCACAUACGACACACUGUGUCGAGGUGACAACAUCCAGGGAGCGCAGGAUGAUCCUGCCUUGGCGAACAGUACGGUAUACGAGGCUGUGGAGGCGCAUCCAAAGGGAAUUGGUGGAGAUGGAUUAGCAAAUCCGCUGUAUGACUCUAUGCUACCGUGCACCAUCGCCGCUACCAGUGCCCAUGGCACCUCGAUCAGUGUUAGCAUUCCAGGCGACACAAUAUUUGACGAGACUAUUUACGACAACACACUUCUCCCCGCGGAGUUUUAAUCAAGAAGGGUAUUCACCAGCAUUCAUAAAGCAUCCAAUAGUUAACAGGAAACAUAGCACUUCACCAUUCUCUGACCCUUGUGUAACUCUAAUAGCAUCUCCUCUGUAUGGGAAUUCUCUAUGCUGAUCAGAGUGACAUCAUUCAGGCAUGGCAAACUGAACAAAAAAUCACCCAAGGUUCUUAUAUUUCACUCGUCAUCAUUUCUUGGCGGUACACGCCUACCAUUUGUCUGCUAUAUUUAUAAAUAUGCAAGCCAAACCGUUUUACAACCACGGUUAAUAUUUGCUCCCCAGAGAUCUUUACGUCUCAUGGCAAGUCUUCACAAACGUGCAUGAUAUAAGAUGGUGGUGCUUGGAGCGAGCAUUUCCCACUUUGUUUUUACAACAUUAAUAUUCGCUUCCCACGGAUCUUUACGUCUUGUUGCAUGUCUUGAACAAGGCGAAAGAUUAUGUAGAUGGUGUUUGCCUGUAGGAUUUCUAUCUCACAAUCUUCCUGAAUUCUUGUUGUUCUCUAAACACAGCAAUCAGUAACUUGUUGUUCAGCAUCAAUCAAUAAUAUUUUUUUUCUGCAAAGCAAACGCCCGCCGACUGCUGAUUUUCAAUGGAUAAUUUGUUCUCAUUAAUGUAUACAGCUUGUAACACGAGGCAACGGUUUCAUUGUUUUGUUUGUGCCUGUAUGUUGCACACCUCUCGGAGUCAUAGGAACGCCGUUUGCAACGACAAUGAGCUAUUCUGUGGCUCGUUAACCUCUUGUUCACACAUGGA